AAUGAAUUUAAAGUUAUUUAAUAGCUAUGCCCAAAAUAUCCCAUAGGGGCACACUAUAUAAAUCAGUAAAAUUGAGGCGCAGUAUAACCCUAAAAGAACAAACAUUUUCCCGUAGCUUCAAAAAUAGGUAACUUUUCAGUUUUUCAGGUAAAAAUAUUUCAUCGAUCAUAAACAAUGGUCUAGUUUGUGACCUAAGCGCAGCAUGGUCAGAUGCGUAAUAGUCCAAGGUGUACGUGAGGUGCAUCGUUUAAAGCUUAUUUUUAAAAUUCUUACAAGAGGAAUUUUAUGACAUUUGAACAAUUUGUAUAUCGAUGUUUACUACGCACAUAUAUGUUAAGCGUGAUUUUAUGGCAUAUUGAUUGUUUCUUACCUGUUUGUUUAUAUUUUCAGGUCUAUAAAUUGUUAUUUAGAGGGAAUGAUGAGUACGUGGUAUUUAUUCUUCCUUCUCUGUUUACUAUGCAGUGUCUAACUUUGGGUUUUUUCAACCGGGGUGUUAUUUACAUUGCGCGAACGUAGAGAAAUAGUUCAUAAUGGAGGAUUAUGCCUGGCAGUGCGACAAAAGUCUAGCUGAGUGCUUGAAACACGUGUUCAAUAAUGAAUUAUUCUGUGACGUCACACUUUAUGUGGGCUCAAGCAUGGAGGCAGUCCACGCCCAUAAACUGGUUCUCUGUUCUCGUAGCCCGGUAUUUUAUGCCUCAUUUGAAGGCCCACUAGCUGAAAAGGGACGAUUUGUUAUUACAGAUAUCGAAAAAAAAACCUUUCAGCAAUUUCUUCAAUAUAUUUACACAGAUGAUGUCCAAUUAACGUACAAAAAUGUCACAUCUAUUCUUUAUAUUGCGCGGAAAUAUUGUGUUGAUAAAUUAACUAAAAGGUGUGAAAUAUUCAUGGAAGAUAAAAUUGACAUCGAAAAUGUUUGUGGGAUACUGGAAGAGGCCCAUACCUAUGGAUUAAUAAACUUAAAAACCAAAUGUGUGAAAUUUUUAGUAACGAACAUAAAAGGGGUCCUUUUAUCAGAAUCCUUUGGAAACAUUUGUAGAGGCUGUUUGGGGACAAUUCUUAGCAUUGAAACUUUUAACAUUAAGGAAGAGCUGUUAUUUGAACAUGCUCUAUAUUGGGCAGAAGCUGAAUGCUCGCGGAAAGGCUUAGCAAUAACUGAUAAAAACAAGAAAAUUAUUUUGGGAGAUGUUAUAAGGUCAAUAAGCUUCCCUGCCAUGGAUUCUGAUUAUUUUGAGAAAAAGGUAGCCAGCUCAGAAUUGCUUGAUGCUGACGAGGUCAUCGACGUGUUUUUAUAUAAUUUUCGCAGAAAUGACGGUGAAAAGGGACAAUCUAUGUUUGAGACAGCUUCAAGAAAUUACAGACAAGUUUUGAGAUUUUGUAAAACCCUUCGAGAAAGACAGGCUUCUGAUGAUAAAAAUGAAAUAGCAUUUGAAUGCAGUGUUCCAGCAACUCUUCAUGGCGUGUGUGUCUAUACCCCAAAGGAGGAGUACGAGACUCAGGUGGUCUCUGUGGACGUGUUCGAUCAUGAGAAAGCAAGCAUAGCCAGUGUGGAUACCCACGUGUUUCAGCACUCACGUGAUAAGAUACACGAAGUGUUCCUAAAUAGACCAGUACGACUGGUUCCAAAUAAACGAUAUACAAUAACCACUAGUAAUUCCUACUGGGUUAAAUCUUUCUAUGGGACAAGAGGAAGGCAGUGUGUUUCAUUUAGAAACGGAACAGUGACCUUUUACAACUCGGCCUUAUCUGAGUUGUAAGACUCGGAUUCUGAUUAUGAAUACUGGUUAAAUACUUCAGUAGACAAAGGACAAAUACCCGGAAUUUUGUUGUCUUGAAGCUCAAUGAAGGCAGAGUUAUGAAACUUUAAUAACCGUUUUUACAUUGUCAACAA